AUGGCUUCGACUGGUCCUCAAUGGAGUCUUUACCCAUUGCUAGCUAUUAUAGCCUUUUGCGAGUUCUCUUGUGGCUUGGUUCAUUUAACGUUCUGUCUCCCUUUCUAUUUUCUUUUAUUACCAAUUAUUAAUGGAGUUCUUGGUUUGUUGGCUUCUUUCCAUGCCAUAUUCCUUCGAUAUCCUAAUAGAUGUGAUUUCCUUCUACAAUUGAUUUGCACUUCCUUAGCCUUUUGGUUCGUUAUAACAUCAUGCAUGGAAUCAUAUUGUUUGGGCGAAUAUAAUAAAGAUGAGCAAAUCAGUCAUGAUGGCGUUUGUUAUGGAUUGAAAUACAGAACAAACUCAUUCGUUCUUUCAUGUUUCGAUUUUUUGGGUCCUUUACAGCUUUCGUUACUUCACAAACUUGGAUGGGAGCCGAAAGAUAGAGACGGAAUACGUUUCUUCAUUUCAUGUUCUUUAAGCAUUUUAUCUGUUGUUCACUUAUGCUGCACAACAGCUUUAACCUUUUAUAGUGCUAUUGAGACGAAAAUUCGACUAUAUUCAUACCAUUAUCAAGUUGUCGUCGGUGUAUUUGUGUUCAUUACUGGUAUAUUUCAUCUUCGCUAUUGCUGCACAUUUUUCUUUAUGGGCUUACCUCUUCUGAUUGGAGCGUAUUCCAUACUACAAGGUUCAAUCACUUGGAGGACGCGUUGUCACGGCUCUCUUACACGAGCAAUGAAUAUCAUUGGCUCAGCUGUAUCAUUGUUGCUAUUCGCAUCGACAAUAUUUGGUUUAUUCUGCUGGUUUCAUCGAGAUCAAUUACCCAAAAUGAUUACUCGACAUUGCCAUUGGAGACCAAAAUCAGAAGAAUAUUGUCUACGUGUAAUCCAUUUCUCACUACCUUAUAUAGAUUGGCUUCCGGAAGAGACAGAUCGAGAAAUAGCUGUUGUUCAGAUAGCCGUCUAUUCUUUUCUGUCAAUUCUUUCAUUAUUGCAAUUCAGUUUCUCAAUGAGAUCAGCUUUUUCAACGAAACAUGUAGCUCUUUACUAUUAA